AUGGGUCUCUCCACUCAUCCCGAACAACUUCAGAACAAGAGUUCGAAACAACGCCGAAGGCCCAUGAAAAUGGACACUGCCUCCAAUCCAACCAACAAGCGGCGGUUGAUUCCUCAUCUCUUUCGACCCUUCCACAAGUCGUCAUCCACGGAAAAGAUUGUCGCCAAGAUUAUGGAAUUAAACAACAAGGCGGUGACAUUGUAUUGCGAGGGUGACUUUUCCACCGCUUCUUCUCUCUUUCAAGAAGCGGCGUCUCUUCGCCAAGAGUCUGACCCGUGGCCUGUCAUUGAGCUGGAACGCAACGAACCUCCUCCUUCCAGUUAUAUUUACCAACGAAUGGACUUUGAUGAAGGCAUGGUCUUGUAUCCCGACACGGAGGCGGUGGAAUCCGGAGAUCACCCCAAGUCGGUCCAAGCCAAGAUUCUGUUCAAUGCUGGACAAGCCAGACGCAAAUUGGAAGAUUUGUGCGGAGCUUCCGGGUAUUACGAACGCGCCCUGCGAACAUUUCUGCUUGCGGAUCUGAAUGAGAGAACCCCCAUUGCCAUGAUUACGGUCCACAAGGUGAUUAUUCCAAUCUUGCACAACAUUGGGCAAGUCUAUUACCGCAAGGGAAACCUCAAACAAGCCAUUGUGGCUUAUAAGAUUGCACUCCAACACUGCAAGAGUCUUUUGGGGGAAGAAGACUUUAGCGUGGGCAUUACGCUCAACUGUCUCGGUGUUUUAUACUACCAUGUGAGCGUGGAACAAUCGCAAGAUGCCAUUCAAUGCUUCAUGAAGGCAGUCAAGAUUCAACAACGAGUACUUGGAAAGAAUUCCAAGGAAGAAGCAACCACUCUCAAUAAUCUUGGACGAGUACACGUGCAACGAGAAGAAUUUGACAAGGCUCUGAAUUUCUAUGAACAGGCCUUGGAGAUUCGCCGCGAAUGUCUAGGCAAGGAUAGCAUCGACUAUGCGGCUACUGCCUUUAAUGCCGGACAGUCCCUUCACCAAAAGGGAGACUGCGAUCGUGCCAUUGAACUGUAUCAAGAAUUUCUAAGAGUGGCCCUGGUCAAAUUCUCCAAGAACCACCGCGAUGUCGCGGUUGUACUCUCUGGGAUUGCACAAAUCCACCAAGAACGAAAGGAGUACGACAAGGCCCUCAAGUUAUAUGAAGAAUCGCUCGAAGUGGGACGAGGUGCACUGGGCGAAUACCACUCGGAGGUUGCCAUGCUGUUGAAUCGCAUUGGCAACUUUCACUUUGAACGAGAAAACUUUGAUCAAGCACUGAUUGUUUACAAGCAAGGCUUGAAAAUUGAAAAGCGUGUCUUGGAAAAGACUCACCCAAACAUUAUUGUGACUCUGAGUAAUAUUGGAGAAAUCUAUAGGCAACGGGGUGACUUUGACCUGGCCAUUAAACUCUAUUCUCAUGCACUCAGUCUUCAACGCAAACGAUUUGGUGAGGGCAGCGCGGAAGUGGCCAAUACCCUCAAUGUUAUUGGUCUCAUUUAUGACCAAAAGGGCGACUCGAAUAUGGCCUCCAAGAAAUUGCAAGGGGCAUUGUUGCUCAGAAGAAGCAUUCUCGGAGAUGACCACUUGGAUGUCUCGGCAACUCUGACGCAUCUAGGUACCAUCUUUUACCGCAAGAAUAUGAUUUCUACCGCCAUGCAACUAUUUGACGAGUCGUUAAGAAUUCGUCGAGCCAAAUUGGGAGACGACCAUCGCGAUGUCAGCUUUACCCUCUAUAAUCUGGGACUCUGCCAUCAACUCCAAGGAAGUUACAAGGAAGCCAUUUCUUGUUACAGUGAAACCCUGCGAGUGGAGAAGCUGGUCCUCGGAGCCAAUCAUCGAGAUGUUUCCAUGACCAUGUACAAGCUUGGAGAAGCUUACAAGGCGGAUGGCAACAUGGAACAGGCGCUCAUUCACUUUAAGAAUGCGCUGGCCAUUGAGCGAAGCACGAUUGGACGGGAAGACCCGGCGACUGUAGCUCGCACACUGAACGAAAUCGGAAACAUUUACCUGGCAAGAGGAGACGUGGUUCCAAUGAUGGAGUCUUUCAACGAGGCUGCUCGCAUCUUCCAAGAAGCUGGGUUAUCAGCUCAGAGCGUGACAGUCUCGGGACAGCUUUAUGCUUUUGGUAUCUCGGUACCUGCAGCAGCUCCUGCAGCAUAG